AUGAAUGUUCUGCUUGUUGGACCACCGGGGGCUGGUAAAACGUCUCUUAUCAAUGAUUUCUUGGAUAAUCAAGAUACAUCCAAUAAUGUGACUAAGAGACUUGUCUUCUCUGGUGCCUCCAAAGCACUUCCCAUCCAACAGUUUGUAGAGAGGCAUUUUGCUGUGUUCAACCUGCCAGAACCUAGAGACAAUGCUCUGGAAUCUAUUGUCACAGCUAUACUGGAAACCAACAUGACCAAGAAUGAUUCUCCAGGAUUGAUGCAAGAAUUACAUGAAUCUAUUGUGAAAGCAUCAUGUAAAUUAUUGACAUCAGUACAAGAUGUCUUAAGACCUACACCAAUGUCUGGAAGAUACCACUAUUUAUUUACAUUGAAAGACUUGACUGUAGCAUUCCAGUGUUUAACACGUCUAUCAGAAGAAGCCAGGGAAAAAGAGAUCAUGGUGAUAUCACUAUGGCGACAUGAAUUAAAACGUAUUAUGCUAGAUCAGUUAUGCCGUAAUGCAGAUAUUACUUGGUUUGAACAAAAUAUGCAGGAUAUUAUAACAGAGGAAGAAGAUGAAUAUGACAAGCAGUUUGAACUACUACGAGAAGCAAAUUUAAAAAGCAGACAAGUAAAAAUAGAGGAAGAAUUGGUGACAUUUAGGAAAAAAGUGGUAGACUGUAGAUCCAGUUUACAACAGUCAAAAGAACAGGUGUUCCACUGGAAGAGCAAAGUAGACAGAGCUUGUAUUGAGAGACUGCGAUCCUUCCAGAACCCACCACUCAUUGUACUACAAGUCAUGGAAAUGGUUCUGACAAUGAUAGGAAAGCAAAAACCAGUCCAUUAUUAUGACAAAUUUGGCGGCAGCGAUGCUAAGCUUCCUAAUGAGGAUGCCUCACUAAUAUCUGGUAGACAGUCCACUAGCUCUGGGGCUUCUAAGUCACCUACUAAAGGAUGGAGAGCUGGCCAAAAAGAUACUGCUACCAGUGGUUACCAGCCUAAGAAGGAUGAAGACAAGGAGAGAAAAGCAAAAUGGAAACAGAUUCAGAUCAUCUUGAAUGACUCUGUAAAGUUUGUAGAUAUGUUGCACAAUGUUAGAUGGGAAGAUGGCAUAGAUGAUGAUGUGCUUGCCGGGGUAGAGUAUUAUUUGCCACGGAGUAAAGAAGGUGAUGGAGUCACUGGUGAAGGAUCGUUACUGGAUGUACCAGGAAGCUCAUCUCUGCCUGAUUCCAAGAAAAGAACACUAUCUCCUAGCAACUCUGGUGGUAUAACAAUUGCUGCAACACGGUACAGCUCUGAGGAUGCAGGCACCUUGGUUGCCUACACAUGUGCCAUUGUGGAGUACUCACAUAAAUGUGGCCCUCUCAGGGAAGCACUGCGCAAACUUGAUGACUUGGAAAAAGAGAAGGAAGAGAACGAGAGACUGCAGAGAGAGCGAGAAGAGCGAGAAAGGCGUGAAAAAGAUGAAAUUGAGGAGGAGGAGCCUGAAGCUGAUAUUGAAUACGUGGAGGAUGAUAUCAAGAGAUUACAGUCAGAUGUGGAUGUUUUACAAGCUGAGUUUGAUGCCUCUGUAGUUGAUAAACAUAGUCUAGAAAUGAAAUUGGUUGCAAGUAAUGAAAGACUAAGAGCUGCAACAGAAAUGAUACACAAUUUACGAAGUAAAGAAUCUCACUGGCGUGAAUAUGUCAAGGAUAACUCACAGACAGAUUUGUUAUUAUUUAACUGUCUUGCAGCGGCCGGUUUUCUGACAUACUGUGCACCAAUGGUUCCAGACACCAGGAGGAGGUUUAUAGCAGAAUUCACAAAGAUAUGCAGUGAUAAAGGUUUGAAAGAGCCUAAGAAGAAACUGUUCAACAACCUCUCACUUAUUGAAUUCUUGUACACAAAGGUUGAUAUCCAAGCACUCCAUAUUCUCCAUCUUCCUAUGACACCUAGUGUACAAGAGAAUGCAUGUCUAAUGAUGCAACAACUCAGUUGUACUGCCUGGAAUCUAAUCUGUGAUCCUACAAGUAGAGUACAAGACUGGCUGUAUAAAUACCUCAAAUCAAAUCUGGUACAAGUCAAGUAUUGUGAAUUACGUUCACACUUGGAGACCUGUUUAUCUGAAGGUCAGAAUCUCUUGGUAACGGACUGUGAUGUUGAUGCCUUGGCAGAAGAUGGCAGGUUCUUUCAAGUAUUGAGACAAAGAAUGGCAUUUCUCAAAGGAAGACAACCAUUUAAAAUGAAUGUUGGGGACCAUGAAGUUGAAUGUAGUCCCUCUUUUAGACUGUACCUACACACAACAUGUCAGCCACAGCAAGUACCAAACACACUGGCUGCAUACACCGCAGUAACAUACUUCUAUCAAGUACGUCAUGAUAUAGAAGAGGAACUUUUAGAUAGAUUCAUGACAUUAGAAAAAGCCAGACUUAAUGAUGAGAAGCUUAGUCUAUCACAGGAGAAAAUUGAGAAUAUGGAACAUUUAGAAAGUUUAGAGAAACAGAUGUUGGAGUGUUUAGCAGGGGAUACGAGAUUGCUCAAUGAUUUGGUAACAACCAAGAAGUUAGCUGAAAUGAAAAAACACUAUGAUGAGACACUGGAAAGUCAAGAGAGAAUUCGUUUAUCUGAGAAUUCCAUUAAGAAUGCACGUGAAGGAUAUAGAGCUGUCGCAUUACGAGGUGCUGUGUGUUUUGAUACCACUCGUACCAUGGCUGAAAUCAAUCCGAUAUAUCAAACAUCAUGGCAGCAGUUCUUAGAAACUUAUGAUGUCUCAAUCAAACAUUCUGAUAGAGCUGCAGUCAAAGCUGUUGUUGAUCGUCUCACACUAGCAGCAUACACCACCACUGCAAAGAGUCUAUUAGAAAGGGACAGAAUUAUUUAUUCCAUUCUCCUUGCACUAGAGGUUGAAGAUUCUGAGGGUCAUCUUGGUCCAGGUGAGAGAGAAUUCCUUGUGUCUCCUAACUUUGGUGCAUCAGUAAUGCAGGCAAUCGGAAAGGCUGUACCACCUGAUCACAGAAUUGCACAAGCUAAGAAACCAUUUGAUUGGAUGUUAGAUGAUCAAUUCCACAACUUACAGCUACUUGGUAUUCAUUAUGAGUGGUUCCAAGAGAUGUUUGAACGCAUGCCAAAAGAUGGGCGUGAAACCCAGUGGCGUACAAUGGGUGAGCAUGAAACACCAGAACUGUCACCAUUACCGGAAAGAAUGGAUGAGAUUUAUUCCCCAAUUCAGAGGCUGCUAGUGAUGAGAGCUUUCAGACAAGAUAGACUCAUGCAAGCAGCUACUGUCUUUGUCACGUCUGUACUUGGCAAAAAAUAUGUUGGUGAUGUCCCCGCUGACCUUAACCAAGUACUACGUCAGACUUUCCCCACGUCUCCCAUUAUGUUGAUGUAUACAAAUGAGAGUGAAACGCCAGAGAGAAUGUUCUUAGAAUGUGGUCUUAAGAAACAGAUUGCCACCACUAUAGUACCACUCUAUAAUGCAGGACAUAAUGAGGAACGAAAGGCACGAAAAGUUAUCAAGAAAGCAAUGGAGGAAGGUUCAUAUGUAUUGCUACAGAAUGGUCAUAACUCAUUGCAUUUAUUGAACUCACUGGAAUCAUUGCUUCUGGAUGUUCAAAACCCUGAUCCUAACUUCCGUUUGUGGAUAACAGCUCAGAUUACUCCCAAGAUUCCAGUCAGACUUUUACAGAUCUCAGCAAAGAUAGUAGUGGAUUCACCUAGGGUCAUGAAGGAUAAUAUGAUUCGUGCACUUUGUGUGCUUGAUGCUGAGACAUUGAAGUCAAGUACACGUACUGAGUGGCCUCCCAUGAUUCACAACUUGUGUCUAUUACAUGGUGCUAUCAGACUCAGGGCAAGGUUUGGACAUGCUGGCUGGAAUAGACCUUAUAGUAUGGAUUUUGGAAGUACUGAACUUUUUGAAGGUUUAAUGAUUGCAGCAGUAGCAUUCAAGGAUACACCAUUACCAGACGGGGAGGGUUUGAGAGGUGUUUCUUGGCUAGGUAUCAGAUAUCUACUUACUGAAAUCACCUAUGGUAGUCAUAUCAUGGAUGAUUUUGAUCAAGUCAGUUUAGCAGCUUUAAUUGAAUACUGGGUUGGACCUAAUGCUGUUAAGAGAGAAUUUGAGGCUACUAAAUUGAAAUACAAGAUCCCAGCUGCAUUCUUCAAUCCAAACAUCCGUGUUGCCAAUCUGUUACAAGCUUUGGAGAAUCUACCAAAUCAUGCACUAGAUGUACCAGAAGCUUGCAGUAUACACUUUUCAAUGGAGGAUGAAGGAAAACCUAUGACCAAUUUAGGUGAUGAUCAGUAUGUGUUUACAAGACUUAAUGCUAUCAUAGAUGCCAUGCCAGAGACUCCUACUUUAAGUCAUGCAUUGAUAGAGAGACCGCCAACACCUCAGACAGGUCCGUCUUUAGUUAAUGUUACAUCAGUUGCCUCAACAAUGGCUGUGGAUGUGGCCAACCAGGGUGUUUAUGCCAGUGCUAGCUUCAUAGCAGCAAAGAAUAGAAAAGAUACAGAAAUCUGGGAGAUUUGUCAUACAUUGCUUCCUAAACUACCCAGGGGGUGGAACAGGGAUUACAUUGCUGAGAGAGUUAAGAAGAUUGGUGGUGACACUCCAUUCAAUCGAUUUAUGUUGAGAGAAAUAGAUAUGAUGAUAAAUCUGCUUGCAGAAAUCAGACUGUCCUUACAGACACUAAAACAAAUAACAGAGAAUCCAGUUGGAUUGUUUGGGGAUAGAUUAUCAGAGAAGUUACUGUCCAUAGCAGAUGAUCUAUACAAUCAACGUGUACCUGAGGCUUGGCGUAAACUGGCUGGUGACUCAGCCCCACCAUCAAACUGGCAACUGGCAUCCUGGUUUGCUGACCUGCAACAAAGGUGUCAACAUUUUGAAAGAAUAUUGGUCUUGGGACGGGAUAAGUUCCCUGCAUUCUGGCUUGGUGCAUUUUUCUACCCAAGAGCAUUACUGGCUAUGAUUAAACAAGAAGCUAUGCGAAUAUAUGGCUCGCAGACUAGCCAGGUGGAACCAUUCGUAUUCCAAACUGAAAUCACAGCAAGGGAUAAAGAUCAUGUGAGAGACCCUCCCCAAGAAGGUGUAUUUGUACAUGGAAUCUUCAUGUGGGGCUGUACAUGGGAGAAAACAACCGGUGAACUACAUGACACCCCACCAAAACAUGGUCCAACCCCUCUACCUAUUGUCCAUAUCUUGUGCAUGCCUCAGAGUGAAAAACCUGCACUAAAUGACCCACAGAAAGCAGCUGAGACUUAUGCAUGCCCAGUAUACCCGUCACGGAUAUGUCCCCGUGAACCUGUAAUGGUCAUGGAUGUCCGUCAUGACAGUGUACCCGCACAGCGUUGGGCACUGCGUGGUCUCUCAGCUACUAUCAGGCCUUACUGACCCCUUGUGUCAUGAAUCAAUCAAUGCAUGUUUAUUGCUUUUCGAACUGUGUGUGAACCCUUCUGAAGUGUGGCUAAUGCUACCAUGGCUAUAAAUAACACUAAUAUGCAAUAAGCAUGCAAUACUUUAUGCUUUAUAAACUGAACACUAAUUAUCAUAAUGCAAAUACACAUCCACAGCACAUGAGCAAAAUAAUAUAUACCUUGUCUUCUUUUCAUCAACUUUAUAUAAUUACCUUUGUUUACAAUUCACAACCAAUAUCCGUAGUAAAACAAAUGGUAGGAUGUCAUGUAGUGUACCAGGCUGAUUUCUGCCUGUGUUCAUUGCCGUUACACUAACUACUGCUAAUCACAGCACAAAUCACAUCACUUGGUAUCCCAAGCAGUUUGCUUUCAACUCAAAAUAUGAAUGUCUCCUCCCAUGUUAAACAAUUUAACAUCACCAAAUCCAAUUGCUAGCAAACACAAAAAUAAACAUGUUCCCAGCAAACUUCUGUUGAUAUGUUCACUUUGCAAACAGCUGAUUUAGAUCAUCGAUAAUGUUGAGUGUGUUUCCGUCUUUGAAGCUUACUAGGAGCAUGUAUAAUUUAUAAUUUAUUAAUUCCUGAUAUGAUGUACUAAACAUACUAAUUGUCUUGCCACUUAGAACUAAUGGGAUCACAUUCUAAUUCUUUCUAGACUAGUGUUAUAGUGAUUGAGAGUGAUCAUAUCGAAUUAAUUCAUAGAAGGGUCCACCAUACUUGUUUUCGGAGUCAGCAUGGGUUUAUUGUAAGGCCUCUAUGGUUGCAUGGUUUUCAGUAUGUGAUGCAUGCACAAAAAUGACUACAGAUAGGGAUAUUCUACUUUCACUUCAAAGCUCUGUUAAUAAUAUUUUUUGUAGAUAAUUUUCUGUAUUCAUAUGAUUUGUGUAACAAUUUAUUGUGAAUUGUAUGAAAUAUUAUACCAGUCAAAUUUCUGUCCAAAUCUCAUUUUAACAUUUCUUGAAUUUUCUAAUUGUUUCUAUUUGACUUUUGUAUGAAUUGGAACAACUGGAUUGUUGAAAUAAAUCAGCUUUGCUACAAUGAAUAACCAAAA